GAACACAACAUACGUGGACGGCUGUAAAGGAGUGAGAAUUGUAGUCUCAAACUUUAAAAUUAGAUUUACCUUUAAGGUCACAAAUAACAAAAUGGUCACAAAAAGUUUUAUUUAUAUUAUCACAAUAGCUCUUAUCGGCGGUAUUUGCGCCGAAUCCUGUCAGAACCCUAAAGUUGAAGCUUCAUAUUUCACUAGUUUAGAUGCCACGGUAGUCACACAAAUAGCCUAUAUAACCGAAUUUACGCUUAAAUGUGACAAUACUCUGCCCGAGAACUACGGUUUGUACGCUGAAGUCGAUGGAAAAUCACUAACGGCCGCCAGGAUCGGUGAAAACAAAUAUCAGAUUUCCUGGACAGAAGAACCAGCGAAGGCUCGCUCCGGAGUGCACCAGAUAAACAUUCUAGAUGAAGAAGGCUGGGCUUCACUGCGUCGUGCUCGACGUGCCGAUCCUGCCGCCUCUGUUGCUCCACUACUCGCCAUACAACUCAGUCAUCCUGGCAGCUACUCCGGGCCAUGGGUGAACUCCGAGAUACUGGCAACAUUCAUCUCAAUCUUGGUCGCCUAUACGGCACUACGUAACAAGAGCAAGAUAUUAGCUUAAGCAAUUAUUGUUAAAUUACUGUUAAUUUUAUAUUAAAAAAAUAAUAUAAUAUAACAAUUUU